AUGAUUAGAAACUUUGAAAUUGCUGCUGAAGCAAAUAAUUGGUCUAAAGCUUGCAUGCUGAAAAUUGUAUCAGGAUACUUGUAUGAACUAGCUGCAUAUUGGUUUGAAGAAAAUAAUGAUACUAUUAAUCGAUGGAAUAAAGAUAGACUUUAUAAAAAAUUAGAAUUUUAUGUAGGAAAAUUUAAAAGAUUGUUAAAGAAAGUUGAAUCUUCUAGUACUUUACUAAACAAAUAUACUGUGAGACUUUUUCUUAAUGGAUUAAGGAAGAAUAUCAUUCCUUUUGUAGUAUUUUCUCAUUCUAAAAAUGUAGAUGAAGCUAUUGAAGCAGCUAAACAAGUUGAAAGUGGUCAAUAUUAUGAACAACAAUCUCCUGUACUAACUCAAACAAGUGAAAGUAAUAAUACUAUCGAUAAUUUUACCAAACAAAUGAAACAGUUAUCCUUAAACAAUGCAACUCUUCCCAAUGUGUUAUCUAUGCAAUUUGAAGGAAAAUCUGAAAGAAGAAAGCCAAAAGAUGAUAGAAAUCUUAUAAAAGUUUGGGAUAAAAAGGAUUUAGAAGUAGAAAGGAAAAGACAAUCUGAAUCCAGAAGAAAAUUAAACUUGAGAAGCAGAAAACCUAUUAAUGAAUUUAUAGAAGUAGAAACCCCACAAAUUAUUACUCCUACUCUAAAAAAGAAAGUCAAAUGA